AUGACGAGCGAGCAACCUGAUGCCUACGCGGUCAUCUUUCGUGUUGACGAGAUCACAGAACAAUUCCGUGCCGACCAAGUCGUUUCGACUGACAGGCCCUGGUCUCCAUCGCCUCCGCCCGAACAUGACAGUACCGGCAAACGCAUGAACAGUCAGGAGCAACCGUAUAGCAGGUGUAUCGAGGAGGAAGGAAAUCAGCUGCGUCCGCCAUACGACUAUCGCCGACCGGUGACCAAGACCAGCGACAAGGUCUACCUUCCGGUUACCGACUUUCCGCCAGUCAAAUUCAUCGGCCAAAUCCUCGGUUCACGCGGGAGCAGCCUCAAGGCUAUGAGCGCUGAAUCCGGUGCCAACAUUGUCCUCCGCGGUAAGGGUUCUGUCAAGGAAGGCAGAGGAAGGGCAUGUCUGAGUACGGCUGACCAUGACAGGGAGCCUCUACAUUGCCUGAUUACCGCAGACUCCCACCACAAGGUUGAACAGGCCAAGAAGCUCAUCCAUAAUGUUAUUGAGACAGCGACAUCUACCCCCGAGCCUGACAACCAGCGAAAGAUCCACCAGCUUCGUGACCUCGCUAUCAUGAACGGCACCUUUCGAGAUGAUGAGAGUUGA